AUGUUGACCACUACAGGCUCUACUUUGCUCAGAGAUCCCCAUCUGACAGACACGGUAAUACCGACAUACACAUUUCAGCAGGCAGUUCAAGCCCUUGAAAACGGAGAGCCUUUGUCUCAAACAACGCAAAGACUGCUCUCGGAAUUGAGUAAAGUCGAGUGUCUCUACCUCCUCGAUGGCGAUGUGCCAUUCUACGAAGGCCUACGAGGAAUCCUUUGUGACCGCUACAACCGGGUGCCUUUUGUUAUGGGCGCAAUCCCACGUCUGGAGAUCCCCGGCAUCCGCUUCACAGACGGUCCUCGUGGAGUUGUCAUGGGCGCCUCGACGGCCUUCCCGGUGUCCAUGGCUCGCGGCGCAACCUGGGAUAUCGCGUUGGAGCGACGUAUCGGCGAUGCAAUCGGUCUGGAAGCAAAGGCACAGGGUGCGAAUUAUUUCGCCGGGGUGUGCGUCAAUUUGCCGCGCCAUCCUGCAUGGGGUCGUAUUCAAGAGACGUACAGCGAAGAUCCUAUACUCUUGGGGGAGUUCGGUCUUGCCCUUGCACAAGGUGUGCAGGGCCAUAUCAUGGCUUGUGUUAAGCACUUUGCGCUGAACUCGAUGGAGAAUGCUCGCUUUCGAGUAGAUGUGAAGGUUGAGGAGAACGUUCUGCAUGAAGUCUAUCUCCCGCAUUUUAGGCGCAUCAUCGAGGGUGGCGUGGCAUCUGUGAUGUCCUCCUACAACGCAGUGAACGGCGAAUGGGCUGGUCAAAGUCAACUUCUGCUCACGGACAUUCUACGACACGGGUAUAAAUUCGAUGGGUUCGUCAUUUCAGACUUCAUUUUUGGUCUUCGAGAUGCCCCACUUUCAUUGAAAAAUGGUCUGGAUAUCGAGGCUCCCUUCAGACAACAGAGGGCCAUGCACCUUAUGGAAGCGUUGAAAUCCGGAGAGCUUGACUGGUCGGUUGUAGACAUGGCUUGUUCAAGAAUACUACGGAAGCAGCUUGAGUUCGCAGCGAACAUUGGUGCAAGUAAAGCCGAAUCCUCCGUCGUGUUCUGCGAGGAACAUAGGACAUUGGCUCGGGAGGUAGCAGGUCGAUCAAUCGUUCUACUGAAGAAUGAACCAGUUGAAGUUGAUGCCAAGCCUCUGCUACCACUCGAUCCAAGGAAGGUAUCGAGAAUUGCCGUGGUCGGACGACUGGCCAAUGUUCCAAAUACUGGUGACAGGGGUUCGUCUCAAGUCUUUGCUCCUCAUGUGGUGACGCCAGUCGAAGGAUUGAGGGCCGCAUUUCCCCAAGCUGAUGUUAUCCUCGAGGAAACUGAUUCGGUGGAACGGGCAAGGGAGCUUGCAGAAAAGGUCGAUCUCGUUAUUUGUGUGGUAGGAUAUGAUGCGACUGACGAAGGUGAAUACGUUGUUCCAUCGUUACAGUCUGAUGUUUGCCUGCUAGACUUGUUGCCUCCUGCCGAAACAAUGGAAGAGAAAGAAACGCUGGCCAUAGUGAAGGGAGAUGCAAGCGAUGGCAAGCUGGAAUCUGCACUUGAGGUUGGGGCUGGUGGGGACCGCAGAUCGCUCAGGUUGCGAUCUCAAGAUGCUGAAUUGAUCGCAGCCGUCACUGCUGCGAAUCCACACACGGUUGUGUCCAUAAUAGCGGCAGGUGCCGUUAUCAUGGAGGAAUGGAUAGACCAGGUCCCUUCAUUGGUUAUGAGUUGGUAUGCGGGCUCAGAAGGUGGCCACGGUCUGGCUGAUGUUUUGCUUGGCCACAUUGAUGCUAGUGGGAGGUUGCCUUUCUCUAUUUCCAAAGACGAGAGCCAUCUUCCAUACUUUGACAUUGACGCGACAGAGAUCAAAUAUGAUCGUUGGCAUGGCCAGAACCUGCUCGACAAGCUUGGUCAAGAAGCUAGAUUUCCCUUAGGUUUUGGCCUGUCAUACACCACCUUCUCCAUCACAGAUCUUCGCAUCGGCGCUUUGGGCUGCGGCGAUGUUAUGGACACCAUGCAGAUUCAUGUUGAUGUCGCAAAUACUGGGCCGCGUGGCGGAAGGCAUGUUCUUCAAGUCUAUGGACUCGUAAAGAUGCCCGACUUCCCGUCUCGAGUGCUCUUGGGCUUCCUUCCGGUAGACUUGGAUAUCGGACAACUCAAGGGUGUCACAAUAGACGUAUCGGUAAGACCUCUUCAGCGGUGGGUGGCUGGUGAAUUUGUGUUACCAGGCCAGGAGGUCACAAUCGAGGUGGCAGCUUUUGCGGGCGAUUCCAAGGCAGUACGAGGAAUUACCUGGUUAUAAAGAGCGAAAUGGCGGUCCGCGU